AUGGCAGCCUCAGCUUUCGAUCUGACCCGCAACUAUUCGUUGUACACCAUCCCCGCCGCCUGGGUGCUGAGCAUUGCGCCGCACUUUUAUGCUGCAAGUCUCGGAAAGUUUGACAACAAGAGCCCUCGAGCGUACACGAAGGAGUCGCAUGCCGAUCAGAGUAUCGACAAAGCCACAAAAGAACGUAUCGUGCGUGCCGAGGGCGCUCAACAGAAUGGCUUUGAGAACAUCGGUCUCUUCGCUGCCGCGGUCGUUGCGGGGAACAUGGCCAGACUGGACAAUUGGACGCUGAAUGCUCUGACUGGUGGCUACCUCGCCAGCCGGGUCGCGUACAACUUGUUGUACAUUAAUAACACGACGGAUGCGCUUGCGAAUGCCCGCUCAGUGUCAUUCCUGACGGGCGUGGGACUGAUCUGGACGUUGUUUAUCAAGAGUGGCAACGUCCUGCGUGGUCAGUUGUAG